AUGGAAGUAUUUGUAAAACAUAUUCCCAAUGAUGCCACGGAGCAACAGCUAAAAGAAUUACUAUUAAAAUAUGGUAGAAUCACCCGAUGUAAGCUAAGUAAAUGGAAAAAAAAUCGAAAUGGUUGCAUCGCUUGGGUCACCUUCGAAAGCCAAGAAUGUGCAGAGAAAUUAUUGGCUUCAACCAGUUUCAAUAAUCUAUCUUUAUUGGGCAGAAAAUUAGAAAUUCUUCGGCUGAAUAGGCGGGAACAAAAAAAUCAACAAAAAAAGAGAAAUAAUGAGAGUCUAGACUGGACAUUCAUGAGUGAAUGGAAAUAUUCUUCACAAUAUCCAACUUAUUCGGAACCUAGAUUUAUUGUAUCUAAAGCAGAAAAGUCAUUUUUUAUUGAUGGAUUUGUCUCGAAAGAAUUUAAUGAGGAGAAACGCGUAAAAAUUAAAUUUCAAACAUUAGCCGAAAAAAAAGCGGAUUCCCAAAUGCUUGAUCUGUUUGGGGACCCUUUGCCGGACAAGUGGGUGAGAAUUCAAGAUUGGACCGGAUCGAUGAAUGUUUUCGGUCAAUGUUUAGUAUAUCGAUUGACAUUCAAUACAUUCAAUGAUGAGAUCCAGAAAAUAAAAAAGAUUUUGGCAGAUUUGGCUGACGAUGGUAUUACCGACAACCCUGUACCAUGCUAUCCAAUCAGAUACACCGAAUCUGAUCUAUAUUCAAGUGAACAAUUGGAAGAAACGGUAUUUAAAAAGUUGCCGUUUGUUAUAAAUUACAAACUAGAGUGUCUCCUUUCCCAUAAUGUACUUUCACCGCGAGAAAUAAUCGAUUAUAGCUUGGGCGAUCGAUUGAAAAAAUUGGUAGAUUGUGGUGAUGAAAAAUUAGCCUGGCAUGGCCUAAAUAAUUUAUUGAAUCGUCAUUGGGAUCCAGCCGAGCCUUUAAAUGAAAGACCAAUAAUGGCUUUCGAGACGGCUAUCAAAAAUUUUAAGGGAGACUUUUACGAGUGGUACCCGAAUCCUAAUAUCACUCAGUCUAACGAAAGACACUCGUGUGUCAAUCACGCAACUGUGACGCCCACAAAGAUUUAUUUCGAAGGUCCAAUUUUUGAGACCUCGAAUAGUAUCUUACGGAGAUACGCAGAGUACACAGAUAGAUUUUUGCGAGUCACGUUUACCGAGGAAAAUUUUGAAAAGUUGUUUUCCGGAACAGAUGUCAACCUUAAGGAUAUUUAUGAUUUCCGAAUUAGGAAAAUUCUAAAGGAAGGUUUCCGAGUUGCUGGACGUCAUUAUGAUUUCUUGGCUUUUUCUAGUGCGGGUCUUCGCGAACAGUCUUGCUGGUUUGUUGCUUCCACAAAUGAUUUUAUACCAGAUAAUAUUCGAGCAUGGAUGGGUGAUUUAAGUGAAAUAAAAAUUCCGGCAUUGUAUGCCGCAAGAAUGGGGCAAGCCUUUAGUAGUACGGUUGGCACAAUCGAACUAGAAGAAGAUCAGGUUCGUUAUAUUCUGGAUGUUGAGCGAAACGGUCACGUUUUUAGUGAUGGGUGUGGUACCAUCUCGCCUGCUCUGGCAAAAAGAGCUAUUAAAGUCUAUUGGAGAGCACGUACGGUAAAGGAAAGUGAAAUUCCAUCAGUUUACCAAAUUAGAUUUGGUGGUUGCAAGGGCGUUGUUUCAGUCGAUCCUACCCUUGAAGAUGAAGUUUUAUGUAUUCGUCCGAGUCAACUUAAAUUCUCUGCGCCUAGAUCUAAAAAUCUUGCAGUCGCUAAGGCUGUGAGGAAUCCUGCACCUGCUUAUCUCAAUCGACAAAUUAUCUUGUUGUUAUCGAAUCUUGGGAUCGGUGAUGAUAUCUUUGUUGAAUUGCAAAAACGACACCAAGAUUUAAUUAAGACUAUGUUGCGGGAUCCUGCAAAGGCCAAAGAAGUAGUUCGGAAUUAUACCAAUGACUCGACCCAUAUAAGUCGAACAAUGCUUGGUAUGAUUGAUGCUGGCCUGAUAGAAGUUAACGAGCCAUUCCUUAAAGGAUUGCUCGAGGCAAAGCGAUGUUUCACAUUAAAGGAUCUACGUUACAAGGCUCGAAUUUCUGUUCCCGACACCUUUCUUCUGUUUGGUGUGAUGGACGAGAUGGGGAUUCUGGAAGCGGAUGAAGUGUUUGUUCACACUUCUAUUAUCAUAAAUAAUGAUCAGCCGUUAGAGGAUGAUCAAGAAAUUAAACGUAAAAAUCAGGUACGGACUGGUAAUGUCCUUGUUACUAGGAAUCCAUGUUUACAUCCCGGGGAUAUUUCAGUGCUGCGGGCAGUUGAUAUUCCUCAAUUGUAUCACUUAAAAAAUUGUAUUGUCUUUUCGCAAAAAGGUCAAAUACCAGUAGUUAAUACCAUGUCUGGUGGGGACUUGGACGGCGAUGAAUUUUUUGUAAGCUUUUAUAAACCAAUUAUGCCAUCGCGUAAGCAUGAACCGAUGCGGUAUGAUAGACCACCACGUGUCGAACUUCCACGUCCAGUAAAUAUUGAGGAUGUAUGUGAUUUCUUUGUCGAUUUCAUGAUAAAUGACCGUCUUGGAAGUAUCUGUAAUUUGCAUAUGGCUUUUGCGGAUUCUCAUGUUAAUGGUGUUCAAAGUGAAGAAUGUUUAUUAUUAGCAAAUCUUGCAUCCAAAGCUGUCGAUUUCAAUAAGACAGGCGAGUAG